AUGAGUGGAGACCAGCCGACAAAUGAAUUCGAAUUCGAUUUGUAUGAUGAUUACAGCGAUACUCAUAGUUUCACAACACGCAUCUGUUGUUUUAUAUUGACAGCACCGAAGUAUUUUCUUACUCGCGCAAAAGCUAUCAAUGAAACAUGGGCUCCGCGUUGUGAUCGAUACUUUUUCGUGUCGGAAUAUAUGGAAGACACAAUGACAUCUGAACAACUUAAUAUCACAAGGCAUUUACCUAUUGCUCCUUUAAAAGAACUGAAUGUUGGUUAUUCGCAUUUAACACAGAAAUCAACUCUGUCAUUCAUUCAUGCAUAUGAGAAUUAUUUGAACGAUUACGAAUGGUUUGUUAAAGCGGAUGAUGACACAUAUAUGAUCGUAGAAAAUUUGAAAACGUUUCUAAGUGGAAAAAAUGCAUCGGAACCAAUCACGUUUGGAUAUAAUUUUAAGGUGAAUAUGAGUAUUCAUUUCAUCUUGGUUUCUAAAGGAUAUCAUUCUGGUGGAGCAGCAUACGUACUCAGUCGUGAAGCCGUACGAAGGUUCUACGAGGCUCAUCGGAAUUCCGAUCCAAAGUGUCGCAAGGAUGGCGGUGCUGAAGAUGUGGAAAUAGCAAAAUGUUUACGGAAAACGGGUGUCUAUCCCGGAAGAUCUUUGGAUAAGCAAAAUCGCGAACUGUUUCAUCCACUUCCGUUUGUUGAUCAUUUCUACGGUUCAGUUCCCAAUUGGUUGGAGAAAAAUGCUGAGAAUCCAUUAAAAAUUUAUUAUGAUUGCUGUGGUGAUCAGACGAUUUCGUUCCACUACAUCCCACCUGAAGGCCAAUAUCUGAUGGAUUUUCUUAUCUACUCGACAUAA